CAUCUCUCAACUCUCGUGCUUCCUCUGUUUUGUAUUAGUCCAUAAAACUCUCACUUUUCCUCUAGGGUUUGGCCUUCCCGCUACCGUUUCCACUGACCGCCGCAUCUAUGGCGAAACCCGGCAGAGCUAGGCCGAGGAGCCCAUCGGCGUCGCCGUCCGGCUCUUCGUCUCCAUCUCGCUCCUACUCUGGCUCGGGCUCCCGGUCGCCGUCCCGCUCCCGAUCUCGAUCCAGGUCAUUCUCCUCGUCCUCGUCGCCGUCCCGAAGCGCCAGCUCCCGGAGCCGGUCCCCUCCGCCGCAGAGAAAGAGUCCGACAUCAGCUGGCAAAAGAGGUCGUUCGCCAACAUCACCACCGAAAAAAGCUUCACCUCCACGGAAAGCAUCUCCUGUACCCGACUCUGUGGUUCUUCACAUUGAUCACCUGUCAAGAAAUAUAAACGAAGCCCAUCUGAAAGAAAUUUUUGGUAAUUUUGGUGAGAUAAUUAAUGUUGAACUGGCGAUGGACCGCUUGGUAAAUCUUCCUCGAGGAUAUGGGUAUGUAGAGUUCAAGAAAAGGGUUGAUGCUGAGAAGGCUCUUCUUUACAUGGAUGGUGGCCAAAUUGAUGGUUGUGUUGUCCGUGUGAGGUUUACAUUAACACAACGCCAAAAAGCUUCUUCCCCUCCAAAGGUUAUGCCUGCAGCUCCAAAAAGGGAAGUUCCACCUAGAGAUAAAGUUGGUACAAUUGCUGAAAAAGAUGCCCCUCAGCGGCCUAGGGAGCCUUCUCCACGGCGGAAGCCACCAUCGCCACCACGGAGGCGAUCCCCUCCUCCAAAUAGAAGAGUUGAUUCUCCCAAACGCCGACCUGAUUCCUCUCCUCGCCGUCGUGUGGAAUCUCCUGUUCGUCGCCGAGCAGAUUCUCCUUUGCGUCGACGUGGUGAGACACCACCUCGAAGAAGAGUAGCAUCUCCUAGAAGACGUUCUCCCUCUCCUGCUCGAAGACACAGAAUUUCUCCAAGGAGGGGACGUGGGAGCCCUAUUCGUAAACGUUCCCCUCUUCCUCCUAGGAGGCGAUCACCUCCAAGGCGAGCAAGGAGCCCACCAAGGAGGUCACCGCCGCCCCCACCGCCUCGACGUCGUAGCCGUUCACCAGUAAGGAGGCCUCUUCGUUCUCAUUCUAGAUCAGCUUCUCCUCGCAGGGGUCGAGGACCACCACCAAGGCGUGGAAGCUCCGAAUCAUCAUAUUCUGGAUCUCCCAGCCCUCGCAAGGGAGCUCGAAAAAUAUCAAGAAGUCGCAGUCCCAGAAGGCCUGUUAGAGGAAGAAGCAACAGCAGGAGCAGCAGCUCCCCUCUGCAUAAAGCUAACUGACCCACUUGCUGCAUGACCAUGUUUGGCAGCAUGAGUGGAGACCAUCUGUUUGAGUGUUUAAAAGAUGGGUGAGCAGUGGAGAUUCUUAGAAGUCUUAUGGAUUAGAUAUGUCUCCCAGGAUUCUUGGGUUUGAUUCCAUCUAGCUGUUCCGUUGGACCAUAGUGAGUUUGUCGGCCGUCUGAAGACCAUGUAAUUACAGAUCUUGUUGUGACAAUGUCUUCUUGUUGUGACAAUGUCUUUCUGUAUUAUUUCUUGUUAGAUAUCCUAGAAAACCAGCUUUCUCGAGUUGCAUUCAGAAAUGCUUUUGAAUUAAUAUGACUUCUAUUUUUAUA